AUGCAUGCCAGUCACGACGUGCCAGAGGCGAGGGCCUGCAUGACACGGCAGCAGCAGCGUCCAAGGCAAGAAGAGCUGGUGUUAACUGUGGCCCUCAGCAUCCUUGUCUAUUGCUGUUGGGGUAAAAGAAACUCUAGGUCUCAAAAGGUGAGAAAUAAGACCCAGCAGAUAAGGAUAAGCUAUGAUGACGAAUACUGUACCGAUGUCGAUGACGACGACGACCCUACCGUCGCUGACGUCGACAACGAUGACGACUGUACCGCUGCCGACUACGACAAAGACUAUACCGUCACCGCCGACGACCGUACCGUCGCUGACGUCGACAACGAUGACGAAUGUACCGCUGCCGACUACGACGAAGACUAUACCGUAGCCGCCGACGACCGUACCGUCGACGACGUCGACUACGAUGACGACUGUACCGCCGCCGACUACGACGAAGACUAUACCGUAGCCGCCGACGACGAUCAGGAGCUGGCUGCUGACGCCGACUAA